CCUGUUCAUCUUGAGGCUGGUUGAUCAAACGACGCUGGUGUCACGAAUGGAGUGUGCAUCAUAUCGGGGUCCAUCGCAUCCCGAUUCUGCGGUGCGCUUUCCCGACGGGAGGAUCCUAUUGUUCAUUCCAUAUUCAUCGCCCACACGAGGUGCAAUCCAAUGGCCCCGCGGGGAUCAUUCCGGACUUGCCGUUCGUCGAUUGUGCCGCUCAACGACCCUCACCCACGGACGUAUUCUUAGAUCAUCAUACCAUGUGCCCGACGACCUAUAAGCAUGCGUGCACGCAUGCCCUUCCGCCCACACACACCCAGACCACCCACUCGUCGCCUUCACUCCUUCAGCACCUGCGCGUAGCAGCAUGCUCAGGACAGGCGUCCUCGUCUCCCUCUUCUCGCUCGCCUUGGCGACGCCCACGCCGCGCACGAUGCGCGUCCACACCCGCCGGGACAGCGCCCCCGUAGGAUUCGCCCUCGCAGGCGCGGCAGCCCCGGAUACGACGAUCAAGCUCCGGAUCGCGCUCGCACAGAGCAACCCGGCUGGACUGGAGGAUGCGCUGUACGAUGUCAGCACGCCGUCGAGCGAGCGUUACGGGCAGUAUUUGACUCGGGACGAGGCCGCUGCCUUUGUGGCGCCUAGCGAGGAGACUACCUCAGCUGUGAGUGCAUGGCUCACGGAGCACGAUGUUAGCGCCACACCCCUCACGCCAGCGGGCGACUGGAUCGGCUUCACGGUGCCCGUGAGCAAGGCGAAUGAGAUGUUCGCCGCAGACUAUAGCGUCUACACGCACGCGGAAUCGGGGCAGUCCACUAUUCGGACACUAUCCUACUCGGUCCCGACGGAGCUGACAGAGCACCUCAAGGUGCUCUACCCUUCCACCACGUUCCCCAAGACCCAGCAGAAGCUACAGGUCGUAAAAGCCCCCGUGUCCGUCGUCCCUCAGACGACGCAGGGUGCAGAGAACGCCGCCGUUAACGCUUCGUGCGCGAACGUGAUCACUCCAUCAUGUCUCCAGCAGAUCUACAGUGUACCCUCGACCCCUGCCACGCAGUCGUCAAACCAGCUCGCGGUGGCGGGCUACGAUGAUCAGUGGGCAAACACUGCGGAUCUCAGCAGGUUCCUGGCGGCCUACCGCCCGGACAUGAGCGCGAACACGUCUUUCACACUAGAGACCAUAGAUGACGGAACGAACAACCAGGACGAGGCAGACGCCGGGGUAGAGGCGAACCUGGACAUCCAGUACACCGUCGGAGUCGCGACGGACGUGCCGGUGGUGUUCAUCUCCGCGGGCGAGGACAACCAGGACGGCGACCUCGGCGGAUUCCUCGACAUGACCGACCUGCUGCUCAACCAGACGAGCCCGCCACAGGUGUGGACGACGAGCUACGGGCCGAACGAGGACGACGUACCUGAGGACCUUGCCUACAACCUGUGCAACGCGUACGCGCAGCUCGGCGCUCGUGGCGUCUCGAUCCUCUUCGCCACCGGCGACGGGGGCGUGUCGGGCACGCAGUCGUCCGAGUGCACGACGUUCGUGGUGCCCUUCCCCGACGGCUGCCCGUACAUGACGAACGUCGGGUCCACGACCGGUUACGCGCCCGAGAUCGGCGCCUACUUCUCCGCGGGCGGGUUCAGCAACUACUGGGCACGGCCGUCGUACCAGGCGGACGCCGUCGACGCGUACCUCGCGGGCCUCGGCGACACGUACGCGGGGCUGUACAACGCGAGCGGGCGCGCGUUCCCGGACGUCGCGACGCAGGGGAUCAACUACAGCGUGGUGAUCGACCAGGAGUUCUACCUCGUCGACGGGACGAGCUGCUCGAGCCCGAUGUUCGCGAGCGUGGUUAGUCUGAUUAACGAUGAGCUGAUCAGUAACGGGAAGCCUGUGCUGGGCUUCUUGAACCCGUGGCUGUACUCGACGGCUGCGAGCGCGUUCAAUGAUAUCACGGAGGGCGAUAACCCUGGAUGUGGGACGAAUGGAUUCAACGCUACGGUGGGCUGGGAUCCGGUGACGGGCCUUGGCUCGCCAGACUACGCGAAGCUGAGGAUCGCGGCGGGGUUGAGCUGAUGUGUGGAACGUGGACUGAAUGGUUACAUGUUGUCGAUCUUUACGUGCUGUCCUUGACCUUCUAGCAUUGCUUUGCACGUCUCGGCGCGGGUCUCCCGUUAGAACGAGCUUUUGUACCCGUGGCCGUUCUUCCUUGAACAUGGUAGGUGAUUGAUGCAGCGUCGUUGAUCAUGUUGAGACCAGCCUGGUAUCUAUUGACGUCAUGGCCUUGCGGG